AUGGCCGAGUCUUCAGUAAAGGACCGCCUGCGGCUACAGUCAAAUGCCUUUGAUGGAAUCCUGAGUCUCAUACCUGCCAAGAUGUACUACGGUGAAGAUACAAGCGAUCAAUGGAACAAGAAGAAGCAAACCAAGGAGGAAGCCGCCGCCGCCCGUCGAGGAAAGCUGGAUCCUGAUAGCGAGCUGAACCGAAACGCCAAAGAGGUCAUGGAUGAGCGUGCCAAGAACAAACGUAAGCUGCGCGAGAUGGAGCAGCAAGAUGAAGCCGAGGAUGAUGGCGAUUGGGAGGAGUACGAGCCGGUUCCCGGUGUAGACAGCGAGAAGCCUGGCGAGGGUCUCAAGGCGACCAAGACCGAGAACAACAAGAAGCAGAAACUUGACGAGGACGAAAGCGAUGAUCAUGAGCCAGAGGAUUCAGCGGAAUCAGCCGGAGCGACCCAAGGUUCCAAGCUCUCAAGGAGAGAAGAGAAGAGAGCGGCCAAAAAGGAAAAGAAGAAGGAGAAGAAGACCGAGAAGCCAGAAAAGAAGGAACAGAAGAUGAUCAAGGCAGAGACACCCAAAACUGAGACAAAUGCUGCGCCAGCACCCACACCAAAAACUCAGAAGCAAGCCGCCAAGAAGCAGGCAAAAAAACCCUUCCACCAAGGUGCAGAAGCAAGAGGAGGCCAAUGA